AUGGAGAGCGCUGCUGCCCGCGAGGCCCCGGGGGCUGAGACCCCGCGCGCCCCCGUGCCCCCGCCCUCCCCGGCGGAGACCCCAGCCGCGCCCCGCGUGCGCCCGCGCCUCGUCUUCCGCACGCAGCUGGCGCACGGCAGCCCCACCGGCAAGAUCGAGGGCUUCACCAACGUCCGCGAGCUCUACGCCAAGAUCGCAGAGGCCUUCGGAAUCGCGCCCACCGAGAUCUUAUUCUGCACCCUCAACAGCCACAAGGUAGACAUGCAAAAGCUUCUGGGUGGACAGAUAGGGCUGGAGGACUUCAUCUUUGCCCAUGUGCGCGGCGAGACCAAGGAGGUGGAGGUCACCAAAACAGAAGAUGCCCUGGGACUGACCAUCACAGACAAUGGGGCUGGCUACGCCUUCAUCAAGAGGAUCAAGGAGGGCAGCAUCAUCAACCGCAUCGAGGCAGUGUGUGUGGGCGACAGCAUCGAGGCCAUCAAUGACCACUCCAUCGUCGGCUGCCGCCACUACGAGGUGGCCAAGAUGCUCCGGGAGCUGCCCAAGUCCCAACCCUUCACCCUGCGCCUGGUGCAGCCCAAGAGAGCCUUCGAUAUGAUCGGCCAGAGGAGCAGGGGCAGCAAAUGUCCUAUGGAAGCACGAGUGGCCAGUGGGAGGGAGACCCUGCGGCUCCGCUCUGGGGGUGCUGCCACAGUGGAGGAGGCGCCCAGCGAGUUUGAGGAGGAGGCGUCCCGGAAGGUGGACGACCUGCUGGAGAGUUACAUGGGCAUUCGGGACCCAGAGCUGGCAUGCACCAUGGUGGAGACAUCCAAGAAGACGGGCAGUGUCCGGGAGUUUGCGCGCUGUUUAGACUCCGUCUUGGGCGAGUUCGCCUUCCCGGACGAGUUUGUGGUGGAGGUGUGGGCCGCCAUCGGAGAGGCCAGGGAGGCCUGUGGCUAGUCUGCCCCGGGGCCGAGUGCAGCCCCAGCCCGCAGCCCAGCCCACUGCCCCCGCCAUCCCAGCCGGUGCCCAAAGGCCAGCCCUGCUCCAGAACCCAGUGGAGCUCAGAGGCCAGGUUCAUCUCUAGAACCCAAUCCACUUCAGAGUCCCAACCCGGCUCCACAACCCAGCCUUUCAUUAGAAUGCAGCCCAGCUCUGAAGCCAAACUGUGCUCCAGAACCCAGGCCAGCUCUGAGCUAGAACCCACCUCUAGAUACCAGCCAGGCUCGGAGACCAAACUCAGCUCUGAGACCAAGCCUGGCUCCAGAACCCAGCUCAGCUCUGAGAUCAAGUCCUGUUCUAGGACUCAGAGCAGCACUGAGACUAAGCCUGACUCCAGAACCCAGCUCAGCUCUGAAACCAAGUCUUGCUCUAGAACACAGGCCAGCUCUGAGCUAGAACCCACCCCUAGAUACCAACCAGACUCAGAGACCGAACUCAGCUCCGAGGCCAAGCCUGACUCCAGAACCCAGCUCAUUUCUGAGAUCAAGCCCCGUUCUAGAACUCAGGCCAGCUCCGAGACCAAGCCUGACUCUUCAACCCAGCUCAGCUCUGAAACCAAGUCUUGCUCUAGAACGCAGGCCAGCUCUGAGCUAGAAUCCACCUCUAGAUACCAGCCAGGCUCGGAGACCAAACUCAGCUCUGAGACCAAGCCUGACUCUUUAAUCCAGCUCAGCUCUGACACCAAAUCUCGCUCUAGACAUCAGGACAGUUCUGAGACCAAGUCUAGCUCCAGAACCCAGCUCAGCUCUGAAACAAAAUCCUCUUCUAGAGCUCAGACCAGCAGCAAGACCAAACUCCACUCUGGAACCCAGCUCAGCUCUGACACCAAAUCUUGCUCUAGAACACAGGCCAGCUCUGAGCUAGAACCCACCCCUAGAUACCAACCAGACUCAGAGACCGAACUCAGCUCCGAGGCCAAGCCUGACUCCAGAACCCAGCUCAGCUCUGAGAUCAAGCCCCGUUCUAGAACUCAGGCCAGCUCCGAGACCAAGCCUGACUCUUCAACCCAGCUCAGCUCUGACACCAAAUCUUGCUCUAGACAUCAGGACAGUUCUGAGACCAAGUCUAGCUCCAGAACCCAGCUCAGCUCUGAAACAAAAUCCUCUUCCAGAGCUCAGACCAGCACCGAGACCAUACUCCACUCUGGAACCCAGCUCAGCUCUGAGACAAAGCCCUGUUCUAGAACUCAGGCCAGCUCUGAGACCAAGCCUGUCUUUAGAACUCAGCUCAUUUCCAAGACCAAGUCCUCUUCUAGAAUUCAGGCCAUUUCUGCGAUUGAGGCCAGCUCUAGAAUUCAGCCAAGCCCUGACAGCAGACCAAGUUCUGGAACCCAGACAGAUUCUAAGAUUCUGCUCAGUUUGGAGAUUAAUCGCAGUUCUGGAACCCAGUCCAGCUCUUAUACUAAGUCUGGCCAUAAAACUCCACCUGUCUCUAUGACUCAAGACACCUGCAUGGCCCGGCCCUACCUGGACACUCAGGCCAGCCUGGGAGCACCACUUAGUUUUGGACCCCAGGUGAGACUCCAGAAUAAGCCCAGCCAUGGAAUUCAAACCAGCUCAGGAUUAAAGGUCAGCUCUCAGACAAAACCCCAUCCAAGAACUCAGGCCAGCCCAGAAAGCUGGCCCCAUGCUGUCGCUCAAUCCAGAACCAAACCUCAACUCUACUCUAAAACCCAUUUGCUUCCAACUACCUGCCCCCGUCCUGAGUCCAAGUCCAGCUCUGAGACUGGGCUCAGCUCUAGAACCCAGCCUACAGCUACAACGAGGCCCGUCUCCAGAAUCCAGACCAGCACUGGCACGCCCCCUGCCCCUGAGCCCAGCUCUGGAACGCGGCAAUGUGCCGAGCCCCAGUCUCCCUGCAGAGCACGGUCCAGCUCUGGGACCCAGACAGACCACACAGCCUGGCCCAGCUGCAGAGCUCAACCCAGCUCCAGAACUCGGCUCAGUUCUGGAGCACAGCCCGGUUCUGAAAACCCAGCCGGCUCUGAAAUGCAGGCAGCAGCUGGGACCCAGCUGAGUUCUAGAACCCAGCUAAGUGCCGGAGUCCAGUCUAGUCCUGCUGCGACCCAGUCCAGUGCAGCCCUGGGGCUGGGCUCCAGGACCCUGUCCAGUUCUGGGAGCCAGCACCACCCAGGAGCUCCACCAACCUCUGGGACUCUACUGUGCUCCAAACCCCUGCCAAGCACUAGAUCCCAGCUCAAGGGCACACCCCAGGCCACCUCUGGUCCUCAGGGGGACUUAGGGAAGCAAAGCGGCUCUGGAGCACAGUCUGGCUCAGGGACUCGGGCAAGGGCAAGGGUGCAGCCCAACUCUGAACCCCCUUCAGCUCCAGCACUCCCCCCGGCUUUAGAGCCCCCUCAGCGCAGAGGCCCAGCUGAGCUCCAGCCGCGGCUCCACCCACCGGCCCCCGGCCUUGACCCUGGAGUUCAGCCUGCCCAGCCCAGCCCCAGUCCCCAGGCCCAUCGCCCAAAGCCCAACUCCAGCCCCUGGGCCUCUGCCUCAGCCCAGGAUCCGGGACAUAAAACCCCCCAGGAGCCAGCCCUUUUCCCCAAGCCCCAGUUGGGGCCCCAGAUGGCCACCAGACCCACCAUACCUGCCACUUCAAGUCCUGUCCCCAGGGUGGUCCUGUGAGUUCCCAGCCCCCUGUGCCCCUCCCCCAUGCUCAGGGAGACAGGGUCCCUCCCCCGCGAUGGGUUGCUGGGGCACGACACUCUCCUGGCUCCUGCAGCCUCCUCCUCACCUGUCCCUCCCAGCCUGCCCCCCCCCAUGAGGCAGGUGACCUCCUUUCCCAGCAGGUGGAGGGGUAGAACGGGGCUUGGGUUUCAGGUGCCUGGAGGUGUAAGCGGACCCAGGCGGGAGGGGGAGGCGGCUGCUCUCCGCACCCUCAGGGCUCCUGGCAAUAAAGGCACUUGGCACCCUGCA